CCCGCCUCUGGCCCUUGGACUGUCCGGCGCGGCCGGUGGAUCCGGGAGAGAGAAGGUGCAGGAUGGCGGAGGAGCGCAGGGUGUCCCGCUGGUACUUCGGGGGCCUGGCCUCCUGCGGGGCGGCGUGCUGCACACACCCGCUGGACCUGCUGAAGGUUCAUCUGCAGACUCAGCAGGAGGUGAAGAUGAGGAUGACCGGCAUGGCCGUCACCGUGAUCCGAAACGAUGGCUUCUUUGCCCUGUAUAACGGCCUGAGUGCGUCCCUGUUCAGACAGAUUACUUACUCCCUCACCCGUUUUGCCAUCUAUGACACCGUGAGAGACCGUCUGGCACAGGAUAACAAGGGCCCGCCUCCGUUCUAUCAGAAGGUCCUUCUGGGGGCAUUUGGGGGUUUUACAGGAGGAUUUGUGGGCACCCCGGCAGAUAUGGUGAAUGUCAGGAUGCAGAACGAUAUGAAACUGCCUGCACAUCUGAGACGCAAUUAUGCCCAUGCACUGGACGGCAUGUACCGCGUCAUCCGAGAAGAGGGGUUCCGGAAGCUUUUCUCCGGGGGCACCAUGGCGUCCAGCAGAGGGGCCCUUGUAACAGUGGGACAGUUGGCCUGUUACGAUCAAGCCAAGCAAUUUGUCCUGAACACCGGUUUCCUGUCUGACAACAUUUUCACACACUUCUUGGCCAGUUCUAUUGCGGGCGGAUGUGCUACAUUCCUAUGUCAGCCCCUGGACGUCCUGAAAACACGACUGAUGAAUUCCAAGGGGGAAUACAGGGGGGUCGCACACUGUGCAAUGGAGACGGCAAAGCUGGGACCACUGGCCUUUUAUAAGGGUCUCGUUCCCGCCGGGAUCAGACUGGUCCCUCACACAGUCCUGACCUUCGUGUUCCUGGAGCAGCUGCGGAAAUAUUUCGGAAUCCCAGUUCCUGUAUAAUACUGGUCGUGGGAUUGUGACGGGGUCCGACCUUUGCUCCCACUACUAGUCAGGACGCGAGGACCAACAGUGUCGCCCGUAUCCUUGCUUCUUCUUGGGCCGACGGAUUCUGCUUCAGUGAAGUCGAUUUCCCCCCUUCAAGAAUGGAACGGAUGAGUUUACCGGGAGAAAACUUCGCUAACCAAUGAGAACUGUAGAAUUAAUACCAUGUGAUCAUGUUAAUUUAAAGGGGUACUCCGGUGGAAAGAAAAAUUCCUAAUCAACUGGAGCCAGAAAGUUAUACAGAUUUGUAAAUUACUUCUAUAUAAAUAUCUUAAUCCUUCCAGUACUUAUCAGCUGCUGUAUGCUUCACAAGAAGUUGUGUAGUCCUUUCUGCCUGAUGUCCCAUACAAGUCUAUAGGAAAGUUAGAGUUUUAAACUACUUCUAUAUAAAAAUCUUAAUCCUUCCAUUACUUAUCAGCUGCUGUAUGCUACAGAGGAAGUUGUGUAGCUCUUUCCAGUCUGACCUCAGUGCUCUCUGCUGACACCUCUGUCCAUGUCAGGAACUGUCCAGAACAUUAACAAAUCCCUAUAGCAAACCUAUGGACAGUUCCUGACAUGGACAGAGGUGUCAGCAGAGAGCACUGU